AUGAUAUGGCCACCAAAGGAGCUUUGCUCAUCGUGCUAUCUCUCGAGUAGCCAGAAAAAGGUAGAAUGGGACGAGGACCAUGUCUACAAGUUCUUGAAGAACUACUACGGGCCCAAGCUCGUCUCCCUCUACAAGGAAAAGAAUGUCAUGGGGAGCAAGAAAGAGACCAUCUCAGCCACUGAAGACCUGACAGUAGCCACCAAUGCUAUGGUUGUGCCGAUUGGAGCUGCAUUGGCAAUAGCCAUCGCCAGCUGUGCAUUUGGGGCGCUUGCUUGUUACUGGAGGACGCAGCAGAAGAACCGCAAGUAUUUACUUCUAUCUAUCUGCCGAGGAGAAGCUGGAAUUGAACAAGUAGAAGCUCCUGAUGUUUUCAUAACUUACAGACAACAAGCACAAAGUCUCUUGUUUGAAGUUGAGACCCCAAGGUUGCCUGCUUCAGAUAUGGGAAAACACUUGGUGGUGCGAUAA